GCUGGCGGGGGCCGCCGGGAGCGGGGGUGGGGUCGGUUUGAAUCGUUGGCCGCUCGGCCGGGCCGGCUUCUUCCCCGCUGAGGGGGGCCGGGACCCGCCGGCCCGGCUCGGCCUCCCUCAUCCCCCCUCAUCCCCGUCAGAGCCAGGCCUGCGCCCUGCGGAGAGCGAGGUUACUUUGUAUUCUUUCAAAAUGAAUGGCGAAGAGGAAAUAUGGGAAAAACUAGACACAGAAUUUGAUCACUGUGUUGUGGAUAUGAAGCCUCAUGUUCUAAAACUACAGCAUAGGUCAGAACGACAAAGAUGUGCACUGUGGAUUAAAAAACUAUGCGAACCCUCAGGAGCAGGCACGGGAAUAGUGGGAAGGAAGAAUCGGAACCUGUAUGCAAAACUUCUGCUCCACAUGCUAAAGCGAGGUGUGCUGGAAGGUCCUUUUACACAUAAACCAGAACCAGGAAUACUGAAAACUUUACCUUCAUACAUGUCAAUUUAUUUUGAUGAACCAAAUUCAACAAGAGUUCGGAGUAGUAGCCCAGACUGCUUACCUGACUGGGUAAUGGGAGAACUAGGAAACAGUGAAUCUAAGCAUGAAGAAUCGUGGAAGAUAUCUUCUAAAGAGGAAUCAUCUUUAGCAACACCACUUACAUAUGGACCUCAGAUAUUAUGGUGGCAAAGCACAGUGGUCACAAGGGAAAGAUUCAAGUACAAUGAGAAGCCAGCAUUAAGAUCGCAUUCUAUGAGUCCUCCUCACCGGACAGAUGAAGAUAACCUAGCCACACCACUGUCUGACCAUCGUCAUAAAAAAACCAUUUCUUUGGAUGACAGUGACCUCGAAGCACGUCUCAAUAGUUGGAAUCUUGGGUUAGAAAAUCCAAGAUAUUUGCGGGAAAAACCGAUGCCAGUGUCUUUGAUGACACCCAAAAUUGGCCUAGGAAAAAGAAGCACUUGUCGUGAUGAGCAGGCACUAUUUCGAAUGCAUGAAAAAGAGCUGGACAUGAAAAUGAAAAUAGCAGAAGGUAAAUUUCAUGAAGAAAAACUCAAAUUACAGCAGAAGCAUGACACUGAUGUUCAAAAGAUUUUGGAUAGAAAGAAUGAUGAAAUAGAGGUAUUGAAGUCCCUCUACAAAAACAAACAAAAUGAAGCUGAGGAGACUAUUAGAAAACUUGAGAAAAAAGUUCAGACCCUUGUUCGUGAGUCACAAGUCAUCAGAGAGGCAAAAGAGAAGCAGAUUGUGGAAUUAAAGAAGAUGUGUGAGCAAAGCAAUGAUUCUUUGAACAAUGAAUGGGAGAAAAGGCUUCACAAUGCUGUGGCUGAGAUGGAGAAGGAGAAGUUUAAUAUUCGGAAGAAGCACACAGAAGAUAUGCAGGAGCUGCUUGAGGACACCAAUGCUCGUCUUAGCAAAAUGGAGGAAGACUAUUUGGAACAGAUAAAGUCAACUAACCAGACAGUCAAAAAACUGGAGGCUCGUGUCCAGCAGUUGACUGUUGAAGCUGAAAACAGUAAUUUACAACGUCAAAAAUUAUCUCAAGACAAGACUGAUGCAGAACAACGUUACCAGGCGGUGUGCUCUGAACUUCAGGAAAUGAAAGCGAGGCACAGCUCACUUCAGAAAGACAAGGACCAUAUUAUACAGGAAUAUGAAGAGAACAUGCAGCAACUACAAAGUAAAUAUGAUGUUGAUAUAAAUUUUAUAAAGGAGGAACAUGCUCUCUCUGCAGCUAAGGCAUCUGAUGUGAUUGAAGAAUUACAGCACAGUGUGUCUCUAUUAAAACAACAGUUACAAGAUUCAGAACAUCAAAGACAGCAACAGCUGAGGGAUCAAGAAUACAAGCUUCAGCAGGACAAACUUCACCUGGAGCGUGUAUAUGAAAAACAGAUUCAUGGCAUCCGGAAUGAUCUUGAUAAAGAAAGAGGGGAUGCUCAAAAGAAAAUUCGCAAACUGGAAGAGACUUUGAAGGAGAAGGAGGAGCAGCUGACUCGGGUGACAGAGGUACAGAGGCUGCAGGCCCAGCAGGCAGAUGCUGCCCUGGAGGAGUUUAAGCGGCAGGUGGAGCUGAACUCAGAAAAAGUCUAUGCUGAAAUGAAACAGCAGAUGGAAAAGGUUGAAGCAGAUCUAAGCAGAUCAAAAUCGCUCCGGGAAAAGCAAUCCAAAGAAUUCUCCUGGCAGUUGGAAGAGCUCAAGCAAAGAUACGAGCAACAGAUAGUGGAGCUGAAGCUGGAGCAUGAACAGGAGAAGACGCACCUAUUCCAGCAGCACAACGCAGAGAAGGACUGCCUGGUCCGAGACCAUGAACGGGAAAUCGAGAAACUGGAAAAACAGCUUCGCGCUGCCAUGGCAGAGCACGAGAGUCAAACUCAAGAAUGCAGGAAACGAGACGGACAGGUUAUCUGUGAUAUGGAGAACCAAAUCCACAAGCUGAGGGAAGAGCUAAUUCAGGUAAACGCUCAGCGGAAGCAGCAGCUGCUGGAGCUGAGCCAUCAGUGGGAAGAGGAGAAGCAGAGGGCAGCUCGAGACCACGAGACAGCCGUGAAUAAGCUGAAAGUGGAGGCAGAAAAAAUGACAUUAGACCUGAAAAAGGUGCACACGGCGGAAACAGAGAAGGCCUUGGACAAGGCAAACAGCCGGCUGAAGCAGACUGAGAAGGAGUACAGUCAGAAGCUGGCUAAAUCCUCGCAGAUCAUAGCUGAACUUAAGACAACCAUUUCCUCUCUGACAGAGGAGAACAGCCGGCAGCAGCUUGCCGCAGAGCAGCGGCUCCAGGAAGUUGUACAAAAGUUUGAAGAUAAGAAGCAGCAGCUGAUUACAGAUAAUGACAGAGCAAUCAAGGCCUUACAAGAUGAAGUGGAAAGUUACCGCAUUCAGGCGCGGGCUGCAGAGAAGAAGCUGCAACGCAGGGAGCUGGAGAACCACGAGCAGGAGAGUGGGUGAUUAGCGGUUCUGCUCUCUUCCUCCUGUGCCUCCCAAAUCUAGAUGUUGGGCCAGGUUCACCCUUAGCUGCAAUUCUUGCAGUGUUGGAGGAAUUUGGUGUAAUGAGUGAGUUGGCCUACAAGCAUUGUAUUUUGGCUUCAAAGAGUCUCCUGGAAAAGAAGGAAAAUUAGCUCUUUGGUGCAUGGUUGUCCCUCCCAGGGACGAGCACUGGCCUGCACGCUAUGAGAGUCCUCUUCCAAAUCUCUUAUUUUUUAAAUUUCUUUCUUUAAUCUUCACCAUUUGCCAUUUUGCUUUUGUUUCUGACCCAUUUUGAGAGGAGAUCCAGAAGAAGAAACAAAAAGUGACUUGUGAAAUGCAGAGGUUGAAGGCUAGACAUGCGGACUCACAGGAUGAGUCCCCCUUUCUGCCUUCAAAGUUUUCUUUUACACGAGCACCUGGUCCAAACCUACCUGCAGUACGAUCCUGUCCACACUAAAUUCAUGAAGGACUAGCUCAGCUGGUCAUGUCCCGUUCCCCAAUAUAAAUGGAACAGAAAUGUUAUUUAAAUGACACUGCAUCAUCCAGCGUAGAACAAGGUGGUAAUGCAUUAGCAGACUUAUGGUAACACUCACAUUUGAGUUCGUCAAUGGUCUUGUCUCUGCCACUCAUCCGUUGGGACUUUCUGAAGAAGCUGGAGCCGUUGAGGAUGUUUUUGUUUAGGUGACUUUGGUCUAUUUUGGAGACAAACAUUUUGAAAGCUGGUAGUGUGUCUUCUUGGUGAGUGGUUGAGCCAUUAGUUAUGCUUAUCUCUCCAGAAGAAAAAUCUAAAAAUGACAGCUCUGACAUGUUUCCAGUUAUUACAUCUUGGCCAGGUGACCUGUAAACAUGUUCAUCAAGUAUUAACAGUAGCUAACGACUCAUCAGCCAAUCAGGGAGUUGAAAUAUUUAAGGCAGUAACUUAGAACUUACUUUCUGCUUUUACCAAAUAUUGUCUGAAUCAGAAUUGCAUAAAACAUCAAAAUUUGGGCUGACACUAUUACAAAGGCCACUUUUCUGAGCUUUUACAUGUCUAUAAAUAAGGAGGAGAGAGGGUUAA